UGCAGUCGGUAAAGAUACAUCGCGUCUCUCAAAGCAUCGAAACCAUUUUAGUUCCAUACAUCACAGUGCAGCGGCAUAAAACUCCAUACCUACUUCCGAUACACUAUAAGACUCACUCUUCCGGCCCCGCAAUAAUAUCCUUGUGCUUUAAUAUUUGCGGCAUUUUUAAACCUACCGCUACCAUCAUACACCACACUGCUCACCACACACUGCACACCAUAUACCAUACACCGCACCUCUGUGUCGUGUCGUGACUCGUACCCGUGAUAGCAUCAUAUUUCAUCUGUACACCGUAUAUUAAGCCGUUUUCUAUAAAUUCUCUACGGAAUUUCCCUACACAAAGAGAGCAGAGCUGAUCGGAGCGGAGAACCGCACAAAUCCUUUCAAUUUAUACGUACCUAUAUGUAGCAUUUAGGUACAUGUGUUCUCAAACCUCCGUCGCCGUCGUCCUUUUCCUUUACCAAGGAGGAAGCCGUCGCCGCCGCCAACACCACGACCACCACCAACGAACGCCCACCAGAGGGUACAAAGUGUAAUUUCAAUUUAUUUUGGCGUGGUCAAAUGGAAAUUAAUUUUUGCUUUCGUGUUUAUUUGUUUAUUGUUUCUUUUUUUCGCAGUUGAGUUUUGUGUGAAGCAAUGUGUUAAAUAAAAAUAUAAAAAGAAUAUGUGAAUAAUCAACAACAUACCUAACAAACAACAAAGGAAAUUAUUUUCGUCCUUUCAAUACCGUUAUAUGAAUAUACAUCGAAACAUACAUACGUACAUACAAGGAUAAAUAAAUUUAAGGAAAAACGAAAUUCCAACGCGAUUCUAAUGAAUGCCAUAUUUUUAUCGUUUUCAUUAAAUCAACACAAAAUGCCGAAUGUCCUGCUGUAUCGACGUUGUCGCCGGUCGUCCUUGUUAUACUGACGCGAUCACAUAUAUUUUGAUUUAUAUUUUUAAAUAUUUUUUUUUCGCUUGCCAUUGCUAUUUCGCUAUAUCAUACGAAAAACGCAUCAAGUACUAUCAUCAAGGACGAACCAACUGUAGUAGAGUAGCAUAGAAAAAUGUUUAUGCAGCAAAUGCUUUCGUAUAUAGCGGUGUUUUUCAUUGCUGCUGGAUAUCAAGAUAAACCAUUUCUAAGGACGACGUUGAUGCUGGUCAAAGCAUCCUCUGUAGUCGAUGUCAACGUCAACAUCGCCAUUGCAUCCAGUUCUAAGGAUAAUUUCAAUGAUAAUAACAACAAGGAGCUGGGUAUAAGUGCCAUUCGACAGUCUAAUGGUUUCAUUGCGGACCAAGAGACUCAUUCAGAUGGUGGAAAUGAAGAAAUCCCAAUUGGUAUAUGUCAAGUCUACAAUGGCACGACUUGUGAGAAAUACCUUAAAAACGAAACUGUGUUUAUCCCACCGAAUUUAACACUCAACGAACUAGAAGAACGCCUUAAAGCCGCUUAUGGCGUCAUAAAAGAAUCAAAAGACAUGAAUCAAAAUUGUAGGAUAUAUGCACUGCCAAGUUUAUGUUACAGUACACUGCCUGUAUGCCGAACUCCGGAACGUACAAAUCUUUUAUAUUUUUCAAAUCGCGCCACCCACAAGGAACGCAAAUCAACGAAAAAAAAUCAAGCAGGUCAUCAUAAUGAAUCAUCAAUCGGAAAUCAUAUAAUCGAUCGAAGGCGAAAACGAUUCCUCGAGAAGAACACUAAAGAGAGAAAACUCUUUCUCAAGCGUAAAUCGACAAUAGCAUACGAUGACAUCUUUACUGGUGAGAUAUCCAGCCAAUAUCCACCGACACGUGAAUCGGAAAAUUUGAGACGUAUUUGUCGGGAUGAAUGUGAACUGCUGGAAAAUGAAUUGUGCCAAAAGGAAUAUGCUAUAGCUAAAAGGCAUCCAACCAUUGGACAGAAAUUGCCAUUGGAAGAAUGUCAGAGUUUGCCUCAUGCUAGUGAUUGUUCUUCCUUUGGAAUUGCAAUCGAUGUCAAUCCAGAGGAGCAUUGUUAUUGGGGAUACGGUUCAGAGUAUCGUGGUACAUUGGCUGUAUCGGCUUCAGGAAAACCUUGCCUUCGGUGGUCAUGGUUGAUGAAGGAAAUAUCCGAUUACCCAGAACUUGCUGGACAAAAUUAUUGCAGGAACCCUGGAGUGACUGAAGAAAAACCAUGGUGUUUCGUAGACGACAAGUCUUUCGAGAAAAUAAUUGAACACUGCAAUAUACGCAAGUGUGCUGAUGAGUUGUGGUUUUAUAUUUAUCUAUCGAUUGCAACGAUUAUCUUUAUACUUCUUUUGUAUGCUGGAAUAGUGUACUACAAGAAGCACAUGAAUGACGGGAUGACAAAUAUUCAAAAUAUAAACACUCCAAAUGCAGAUAAAAAUAUCUACGGUAACUCACAAAUGAAUUCUUCCCUUGAAAUGGCUCGUUUGAAUGGCGGCAAUGAGAAUUCAAGCUUUGCCCAAAAUCUAGACCGGAGUUCACUUCUUAGAGUGGCACAGUUUACUCUACAGGACGUAGAGUUCGUCGAAGAAAUCGGAGAAGGAGCAUUCGGAAAAGUAUACAAAGGUCAACUCACCCAAUCGACUGGGGAGAAAAUCUUCGUUGCCGUCAAGGCUUUAAAAGAAAAUGCUUCACUUAAAACUCAACAGGACUUCCGACGUGAAAUCGAAUUGAUUUCCGAUUUGAAACAUGACAAUAUUGUUUGCAUUUUGGGUGUUGUUCUAAAUAAGGAACCAUUUUGCAUGCUCUUCGAAUACAUGUCCCAGGGCGAUCUUCAUGAGUUCCUUAUUGCUAAUUCCCCUACCGAGAGCAAAUGUUUAAGUCAGUUGGAAUUUUUACAUAUCGCAUUGCAAAUUAGCGAAGGAAUGGAAUAUUUAUCAGGACAUCAUUAUGUCCAUAGAGAUUUGGCAGCUCGAAAUUGUUUAGUUGGAGAAGAUCUUACAGUGAAAAUAUCAGAUUUUGGUUUAUCACGAGAUAUUUAUAGCUCGGAUUACUAUCGGGUUCAAUCAAAAUCAUUGUUACCUGUACGAUGGAUGCCAUCAGAAUCGAUUCUUUAUGGAAAAUUCACAACAGAAAGUGAUGUUUGGUCAUUUGGGGUGGUCCUUUGGGAAAUUUAUAGCUAUGGAAUGCAGCCAUAUUACGGUCAUAGUAAUCAAGAAGUUAUCAAUAUGGUCCGAUCUCGUCAGCUUCUUGCCUGCCCAGAAGCAUGUCCAACAGCUGUUUAUUCCCUAAUGAUUGAAUGUUGGCAUGAACAAUCGGUACGUCGGCCAUCAUUUUCAGAAAUCAGUCAUCGAUUAAAAGUAUGGCACCAAGCACAGAAGAAACUGAUAUGUCCAUCACAAAUGACACAGUCCUUCCAUUCAAAUAAUUCAACAUUAGCAAUGAAUUAAGAUUUCAUACAAACCAAAACGGUUAUUUGAUCUGUACUUAUAAGUCCAACACUCUUAAGCAAAAGUUAUAACACAUCUCCAAACUGAUAUUUAAUAAAAAUAGUACUAAGUUUUUUUUAACAAUAAAUCGACGAAGAACUUCCAUCGAAAAAAUAAUUGCAUUUACCUUAAAAACAAUAAAAACAAGUGGUAGAAAGUGUUCAGAGAAAAAUCAACUAAAUGGAAUUGAAAAUAUUCAACAUACCUAGGGGCAAAGUCAUGCUUUUAUGGUAGUGACGAAGCAAAACCCUUUAAAACUAUACAAAUCCAAAAAUAAAAGCUAUGGUUGUUUGGAAUAUUAAGUUCCCUCAUAUCUUCCUGUUAAAUAAUUAUUAACUUAAACUCUAAAACAGAUAAAAUCUGAUUCUGCAGAAGUUAAAAACCUUUAAUGGUUAACUUAAAAAUGACUGACUUACACAUGCGUUGACUUGAAUAUCGAUUUUUGUUACAGAGAAAUUGUUACUUCAUCUCUUUAUGCGUUUAAAACGAUAAAACGAAACAAGAGUUUUGUUUUUGUAGCUUUUUUGCGCCAGCUAAAGCAUAAGCCACUUUGUACUUUUAACAAAACUAGCCUUGGCUUUUUUCGUAAUCAAGCUUUUGCUUUUAUUUAAACAAAGAAUGAAGAAACUUUUUUGAACAGAUAUAAAAAAAUAAGCAAAAAUCGUAUAAAUUAACAAUUUUAAAUAAAACAAAACAAUAAUGGAGAUGAAGGGACCAAAAAUAAAGUUUCCCACGAAAAAUUUUCAAUUGGCAGGUCCUCAUUUAAGACAACUAUCAAUGAAACCUUAUAUAUUUGUAUAUUAUAGGUAACUUCAUCCAGAUACUAACAAAUAAAUAACAGAGUGUGUUCUAUUUUAAUUUUUAAGAUUUUAGUUACUGUAAGAUAAAAAUUAUCAUAAGAUAUUUCUAUUUAAGUAAAAAUAAACAAACAAAUAUUUAAAGCAUAUAACUAUAAGAAUCAAGUAAUACUUUAAAAAAUAAGCUUUUUAUAUUUAAAAAAAAUCAAAAACAAACAAAAAUAUUUUUAAACUUGGUUUUGUAAAAUAAAAUAUUAUACCAAAUAUUUAAAAAAAAGAUAUAUCAAAAUAGAAUAACCAAAUGAAUUUAUUAAUAUAAUAAAAACACAAAACAAAAAUAUAUCAAUAAAAAGUUAAAAUCUUUUCAGUAAAAAAAUCAAGAACCAAAAUUGUAAUAAACGAUGCAAAAAAACAUACCCACAAAAUUUAUAAUUAAGAUAAUAAUUUAUACCUAUUAACUUAUAAUCAAGUCCUGCGAAAUUAAUUUCGUUUCGACUUUUGUUUUAAUGUUUUUUUUUGUUUUUUCUUUUAAAAAAGAAGCUGAUUGCCUGGGAUCAAGGUAAGUUUUAAUAUGUAAAACAAAUAUUUUG